AUGAGCUCACCGAGUUCACAAAUUCCACCUCCACAAGCGGCUUACAUCCCGAGCAAGCAUGCAGGUAGAGCCCACGAUGAAGAAAGUGGAAGUCACAACGAACGCCAUGUGAAUCGCAAUCAACUGUUACCGUCGCAUGAUCUUCCCAACGCGAACCCGAGCUCUAUCUUGACCUUGUCAUCCAGCAUCUCGAUCUUUCCCGGCCAACAAAUAGUUAAACUAGUUAUGUUAGGACACAACACCAUCAUUCCACUCCCGUGGCUACAGCGAAUUAUAAAUCCAAUAGGGCAUUUUGGCGAUGAGCUUCCAUCAGUUGAACAUCGCUCACACUCUGUAGAGGCCGCACCAGGACUCACCGAGCACCGACGACCUACUGGAACCUCGAACCACCCACCAAGAACGACCGAGUCAUCAACAGUCAAUAGGCCUAUAGAUUGCAAGAAAAGAGCCGGUAGGCGUAUCGUCAGGAGGAAGGCCAGUCCGCCAAAUCCAGUUGUCCAACGAAGGGAAGAGAUAUGCGACGUACUAGAACCGCUGUUCUCCAAUGCCCCGUUCGUCUUGGUCUGCGAGGGCAAAGAACAGGAUGCUGUCAUCUCCACCAUCAAACUAGGAGAUGCAUUAAAUUCGAUCAGCUUAUGGGCUAAAUUGUCUGGAGUCGCGCGGCAGGUAACUCGGCGGUGGAAACGAUUGCUUGGCCCUGUGAGGCUUGAGCUGGUACAUCUGAGAAUUGUAGGCCGGCAUGGUUGCAGGCCGGAUGCAUUCCGGGGGCAGUUCCAGAUCGUCAACAUUGCUGAAAGAAUCGAGGCGCUCCAAAAGUUGAUCAGCAACUACAAAUAUGACAUAACCGAACCAUCGAAUCCCGACGAGAGCGAGUUGUGCUGCUACCAUGACCUAAGAAUGGAUACAGUCCAGCAUGGCAGCAUGAUUCACGAGGCAUGGGGAGAAGACUACACAUCACCCAAACUCGGCAGUUGCGGCGUUCAAAUCCAUGUGGAUAGGUUGAAAGAGCUUUCAAAGCUCAAGCUGGCUUCAGUCUGGGACAUGCUCCUGGUCUAUCCAGAGCUAGCCGUGGGGAAUGAUGUGCUUUACGAUAGAUGGAUUUAUUCCUCAAAAGACAUCAUACCACCUGUUGAAACUGCCGUGAUUCGUGCAGUGGCAGACAUUGAGUUUGUCGGCUUCCGAAUCGUGGAAUGGCCCUAUACUAGCUUUAGCACGCCAUCUGUGAUACUUCUAGUCGGGAGCACUGUGGUUUUUGGUCUCCUUGUUAUCGUUUCCCAAGCCGUGUAUCGAGACUGGGGAGUUGCUUAUACAGCGGGUGCCUUUUAUGUGGCUUUGGCUGGGGUAUUGACAACCUGGAUUGCUUGGACAUCGACUGCCUAG